AUGGCAGCACUGCCUCAGCUCAACUUCCAGUUACGGUACUUGGCGGCAGGCAGGAACGAAUUUGGUAAAGACAUUUCCUUGCUUAACGUGCUUAAUGAACAACCCCUCGUUCUCGAUAGAUUAUUGGUGAGAUGUUACACUGAGACACCGUUACAUGUAGCUUCCAUGCUUGGACAUGAAGAAUUUAUACACGAAAUCCUGAGACGGAAGCCUGAGCUAGCAAGAGAACCUGAUUACAGAAAAGCAUCACCACUUCACCUCGCAACAGCAAAAGGGUACCUCGGUAUAGUGCAAAAAUUGGUACGUGUUCAUCCUGAAAUUUGCUUUGUUUGUGAUGAAGAUGGGAGAAACCCUCUGCAUAUUGCAGCAAUGAAGGGUCAUGUUAGUGUCUUAAAAGAGUUAGUUAAGGUGAGAGCUGAUACAGCUCGAGUCUUAAUGGAGCGAAGUGAGACAAUUUUACAUCUGUGUGUGCAAUUCAACCAAUUAGAGGCAAUGAAGUUGUUGAUGGAGACAAUGAAUGAUCACGAGUUUGUGAAUUCUAAGGAUGACGACGGUCAAACUAUCUUACAUCUAGUAAUGGCUGAUAAACAAGUAACGGUAUGUUUAAACCCAUCAUAA